GUCCAAAUUUCCAAAGCCAAAGAAAAAGCGAAGAGUGGAUUGUUGUUUUUACAAUUUCGAUUUGUUGUUGUUGUUGUUUAAAUUAUCAAUGAAAAAUGGUUGAAUGAUCUCGGAAAUCUUGUUUUUUUUUGAUAUUCGAUAAUAAGAAAAUAUGUCAACCACAUCGAUACCCGAAUUUAAAAUUAUAUUAUGCGGUGAUUAUGGUGUUGGGAAAACAUCAAUAUUUCGAAGAUUUCUAAAUGAUACAUUUAUUGAUACAUCGAAAUUAUCUCGUACCCAAACUAGACAAUCCACACUUGGAUUGGAUCAAUAUAGCCGUGAAUUUGAAGUACAUAGCAGUAAUGGAUUUAGUCGUAUUAAAAUUCAACUUUGGGAUACGGGUGGAUUGGAACGUGUAGCAAGCAUAACUAAUUCGUAUUAUAAAUUCUCUGAAGCUGCUUUAUUAGUAUUCGAUAUGACUUCAUUGGAAACAUUUCAUAGUCUUUCUCAUCAUCUACUCGAAAUAUUAAGUAUGGCCGAAAAUGCCAAAAUUUUUUUGAUUGGAAAUAAAUCCGAUCUUAAACAUCAACGUCAAGUUAGCGAUGAUGAUAUUGAAUUAUUCAUUGAACAAUUUCCUAAAUUCAAUGGAUUUUUUCAAGUUAGUGCCAAAACAAACGAUGGUAUUCAGGAAAUGUGGUCAGAAAUAAGUGAAAAAUUGGCCGUCGGUGCUUAUUCAGCCAAUGCCGGAGCUUUCAAAUUACAUCAAAUCAACUAUGAUGAUGAUAAUGGUGAUGAUGGCAACAUUCAUCCAACAGCCAACACUAGUUGUUGUUCUUAAAUGAUGUUUGUUUUUUUUGUUUGUUAAAUCAUGUUGUGUUAUUAAAACUUUGUAA